AUGGCUGACGCCCAUGAGGAAGCGCACGAGACCAUGUCGAAACAGACAUGGACAGAGACAACAGAGGGCAUCCCUGGAAGACGAACAGCAAAUAUUCCACAGAGAAAAAGAAACGAUGGAGCCAGGCGAGUCAAGCAGAGCUCUGUAAGGGAACAGAGCAGCAUGGGUCGAGCAAAAAAGGACUGGGGUUCGUGGUCAAUUCCUUCCGACCCACCGAAGGUAUCGAAAAGUGGAAGCAGGCUGAUACGACAGCGCACAGGAGUCAUGGUGAUACGGAUUCCUGCCUUCGAUGCCCUGGAGGUCAACCAGCGCCACCAUUUGCCUCAGAGCCACGUUGAGGAUAUGAGAGUGGACAGCCUAUUUGAGGCAUCCUAUCGGAGACAAAUGAAGACAAGGGGUGGACUCAUUCGACUCUUCUGA